CAAACACGGAAGUGAGUCAUUCCUCCGCGUGCUGUCGAAGAGUUUACACAGAGCUGCUGAUUUGAAGUUUCAUCUUAAGACACUGAACGCGCCAUGUUCAACCUACAGACACUGUGUGUCCUCUGCUGGGUCUGUACUGGGCUGGUUCUGGCCUGUGACUGGGACCAGUCCAUUGAUCCGGAUCAGGGUCUGGAUCCGGCCUCCGUGGACGCCGGUGCGCUCAACCUGAGCCGGAUCACGGAGGUGUCGGACCCUGAGGGCUGCCGAGCGGCGUGCUGCGAGGAGCCGGACUGUGACCUGGCCUUGGUCGGUUACCCGGCGGACGGAGGGCUGCAGUGCCUGCUGGUGAGCUGCGUGAUCCGGGACCGGGACGUGUGCGUCCUCCAGCCCAGCACACAGUUCAAGGUUUACCGCAGGAAGGUGACGGCAGAGACCCGCAGAGAGGCGAAGGAAGACGGGGAGAGGCCGCACGUAGUCCCGCUGCUGGGAUCCUGGGAGCCGAAGACCAGCGAGGCCAACAACAUUCGUUGUCGUCUGCCAAUGAAGGUGGGUUCAUGUCGAGCGGCCUUCCCAAAGUUUUACUACGAUGUGACCAAUCAGAGCUGCCGGAGCUUCAUCUACGGCGGCUGUGAGGCCAACGGAAACCACUUUGAGUCCCAGGACGAGUGCGAGGCCACCUGCAGCGGAGUCACAGGUUCAGUUCUUCCUGAUGACUCGACUCCUGCUCCUCCUCCACUUCCGGUCAAAGCUGCUCGAAUGGCUCCUGCCUUCAACACAAAGGUGUCUCAGGAUGCUGAAGGUCCAGUGGAGUCUGAACCUGCUGCUACCAAGUCUGUACUUGCUCAGGAGACAGAAAUGUCGGCUGCUGACUUUGCUGAGCGCUGUGGGGGGGAGCCUCAGGUGGGGCCCUGCAGAGCAGCGUUUCAGCGCUGGUACUACAACAGUGAGACAGGUAGCUGUCAAUCAUUCAUCUACGGAGGCUGCAGAGGAAACAAGAACAACUACAUCAGGAAGGAGAGCUGCAUUGCUUCGUGUACAGUCACUGUGCUUCCCUCCUCCAAGAAAGCCGCUGAUGAAGCUUCUGCAGAAUACAAAGAUCAGUGUAUGGUGACCCCUGACCCCGGUCCCUGCCGCGCCGCCUUCUCCAUGUUCUACUACGACCCCAAAACCGCCACCUGUCAGUCAUUCAUGUACGGCGGUUGUCACGGCAACCAGAACCGCUACGGCACCGUGGAGGAGUGUAUGACCCGCUGCAGCGGCGACGGUUGGUUUGAAGGUCACGGCAGAGCUCGUAACCGCUGGACGGCAGCCGUCUUCCUCUUCGUCACUCUGGCAGCCAUCUCUGCUCUGCUGCUGGCGACGCUCAUCGUCAUCACGCUGAGACGUCACGGCCUGUCCCGCCGCCUGUCUUCCAUCAGUGACAAGGAGGAGCUGCUUCCAGACGAGCAGUCCUCUGUGGAGUCUCUGAGCGUCCCAGAGAGCCCCAGACUGGACAAGGCCUGAGGAGAGGCCAGGAUUCACCCGUGGCCACCCAGGGUCCCGGGUUUGUUUAAUUCAAUUAAAGUACUUGAAGUUGUCAUUUGAAGUCAUUUAUUAAGUAAAACUCUAAUUAUUUUUUGUUUCUACAAUGCGAAGAUUUGCUGUCAUCUUUUAAUCGUCAUAAACUGAAUCCCGUUGUGUUUGAUAUGAACAAUAUGAAGGCGUCACUUUGAUCUCUGGGGACUUCAGAUGGUGGUCUGACAUCACUUUAUAUUUUAUGGAUUAAACGAUUCGACGUGUAACUUUUGAAGUGGAAUGAACCAUAAGAACACUCGUAUCUUUAAAAGUGAUAAAGUUUCUUUAGUUUUCUUACUAAACAAGAAAAUAUUGAGCCACAAGGACGAGACUGUUGUCUCUGCCGCGACCAACAAACCGUCAUGUGAUCAUAGAAACCUCUCCACCUGCAGGAAGAUGUCAUUGUGAACAGAAAUAAACUUUACGGGCUGAAUAAUAAUCGACUAAAUUACUUGUUAAGAUGAAGAGAAGCAAAUUUAAAACAAAUCAUUAAAAGGACGCGAGAGCUUUGAAGCAGCAGAGAAUGUCUGACUUGUAGUCCAGAAACACUGAUGCCUACGUUUCCCAUAAUGCAACAGGACAGCGUCUUUCACUAGAGCCUCCCGUCGGCGCCCCCUGCAGGCUGAGAAGCCCUGAGUCCCAUGAUCAAAGUGCCAAAUGCUUUCUUUUCUUUGAUUGAUUAGUGUUUUAUUGAUUAUUAAAGGGAUUAUUAGUCACUUUGUUAAUCAUGUAUUUAAUAUCUGCUCUCUGGGUUACCCGAGUCCUGAUUCACUUCAUGUUUGUGGGGAAUUUAAACUCGUUCGUGCAAAUAGUUUCAUAUCAGUAAUAUUUUAUCAUUAUUUUAAUAUUAAAAUUCCAAAACAGUCGCUCAUUAAUUAGAGGUUAACAUGAGUUUUCUUGUAAUUACAUGAUGCAGAGUUUUCAUUACAAUUUUAAAUGUCAAUGUUUUUCUUGUAAAAAUGAAUGAUGAUUUUAGAAGUUUCUGUGAUUUAACUGGACAUUUACACUGUAGGAGUGUCUCUGCUGUCAACUGUACACAGCUGUCUCAAUAAAAGUUUAACACAA